AUGGCUCUUGAAGUUCCAAGUGAAUACGGAUACGUGAUUAUCACCGGUGUCGCUUCAAUAUUCUUAACAACAUAUCUCGGUUUUCAAGUGCGUGGAUAUCGUAGAAAAGCUGGUGUUACUUAUCCUUACAGUAAGUUGGAAACCUCUAAUUAUUUGAAGGAAAAAACAGCUCUACACGUGAUAAGCUCACUGUUCUUUAAUAAAGUGUACGCUACCAAAGAAGAAGCGGAGAAGGAUCGCAGCAA